AAAAUCCAUGCAUCGCACAUCUUUCUCUUUAUGAUGAAACGAUGCUGAAAUAGUAUUGUAUGUAAAUAAACAAAGUCAAUGCGGACAAAUGUAACAGUUACAUAUUGGUGAUCACAAGUCACCCUGUCCACCCCGAAAUUUGAUUUUCUUCAUUUUCAUCAUAUUUAUACAUUUUCUAUUCAUUGUAACCGUGCUUCAGAAUCAAAAUGUUAUUCACUAUUUGGGAGCUAAGAACGUUGUAAGGACGUCGAACCCAAUUCGAAUUUAACCCCUACGCAAACAUCUGCGUAUACAAUUGACAUAUACUGUGAUAAAUUCAAUUUCUUUUCAUUUUAUAAGAUAUAAUAAACAGGUGUGUAUAUACAUCAACUCUUAAAAAAAUACCCCCUAUUUACUUAAUGGUAGAUCUAGGGAGGGGGGUCUUUAAUUGGUCACGGGGCUUACCCCAUUCCCCUUUGGUUGAAUAUUUUUUUAUAGAAGGGUCCUCUUUGCCGUUUGCCCCCCCCCCCCUUUUGGGGUGAAAAAGAUACAAACCUGGGUCACAACUCUCUUUUAAAUUGUACAUCAAAGUUUGAGUGAUAUUUCUAUUGAAGAAUGGAUUUUCAAGGUCGUCUUCUCAGAACUAGGACCACAAGAAACAAUUUGAAGUAAUAUUUCUCUUAUAACUAUACAAAGAUGAUCAUCUGACUUCUUUUGUCCUUCUUGUUGGUGCCAUACAUGUGUAACGUAAAUCGCAAGAUCAUAAAAUUAUUUCAGAAAAUUGUUCAGACUUUAUGACUCAUUUUGGAGAUAGUUGUUUUUGGAAGAGCAACACUUCGUUAGAAUUUUGGAAAGCAGAGCAGAUUUGUCAAAAAGAUGGGGGACAUUUAGCUUCGAUACCAGAUUCCACGACAUUGUCAUUUAUACAACAUGAAUUUUUAUCCGGGGUUCCUACAGGAAACAAAUGGUGGAUUGGGAUUCAGUAUAUUAAACUAAAUGGAACGUAUGUAAACAUGUUCAAUGAGACUCAAAUUUUUACUCAGUGGGACGCGAACGAGCCAUACGUCUCUAUCUUCUACAUUUAUGUAUGUGCUGCCACAGCAAAUUUUGAAUGGUUUACAUCGCCCUGCAAGUCCAAGUAUCCGGCCAUUUGCUCCAGACGAACAGCUUGUAGAGGAUCAGAGCUACCAAUGAACAGGUCCACUCAGCUCAUGCAGCUGUUUAACGUCGAUGUAACUGAAAUGAUAUUUGAAUUUGAAGCGGAAGUGAAUUUGAGAUAUGGUAAACUCAUGGUUAAAAUGCAUUGUGGGAGUACUGGACACUGGGAAUCAGAUAGACGUAGACACUGCCUGUGUCCUUGCAGCAGACUCCAUGUUAGUACCAACAAUAUCUCGGUCGAAAGGAAGAUUUUGAAAAUCAAACAGGAGUUAAAGCUGAAUAAAAUCCAGCUGUCCAAAACCAAGCGACAGAAAAUCUCCAGCAGUGACAGCCGGCCCUCGGCCUUCGCCCUCGGUAGUGUGCUGGGAGUUGGGAUUAUCAUUACAUUCUUCCUCACAAUAAUGAUAUGCGAUCUACCCUCAUUACAUCGGCAAAUCAAUUCGCGACAUCGUAUAAAUAUAUGUCGGUGAUUCUAUAGUUUAACACCUAAACAGUUUUCUUUUGUAUUAGUUAUAUUAGCCAUAACUCAUAGGAUUUAUGAGAUUGGUCACUGUUUGUUAUCUUCACCUUUCAUAUUUUAAUGUUUAUACAAUUUACCAUGUUACGUACGAUCCCGUAUCUUAAAAUAGAAGUGUGAAACAUAAAAAGAAACAGAAGGUAAAUACACGAAUUUAGUCGAAAUAUACGCCAGUUUCGAGAUAAGAGCUCUCCUGUGUAGGAGGUACAUUUAGUAGAAUUUUGAGGGGCCUAAGUGGGACAGAGUGAACCUUCCGUCAGUGAGGAAGACGAUAAAAUGUAUUAAAAGCGGCUUCUUUUUAAAUAUGUAAAUAAUGGAAACACAAAAUACUAUUGAAAGAAAUGUUUUACUAAAGCAGAAACAUAAAAACAAUGUCAUAUUUGAGAGUAAUAUCCAGGAUAUGAUACCUACGACCAAUAAAAUUACGUGAUACAAUAAGAAUUCCAUGUAUCUAAUUACUCCCUGAAUACUUAUCACUUACUUACUUUGUGUAUCAGUUGAAUUUGGGUGAUGAAACAGCGUAUGAGAGACUUAAUGAGUACAUUCACUUAUGCAGUGAUGAAUAUUCGUCCCACUCCCGCAUGUAAACAAAUUGUUUCGCGCCUUACUAUGUACGAGAGUUCUUCAAAGGGAAAUAACUCGAGCGUAUCUCGAAACUGGCUUAUUAAACCUAUCCCUAGAAGGAUGUUAAAAAAACAAACACACAAAGUAAACUGGUCCUAACUGAAACUUUAAUUAAUAUCUUGAAUAAUGGACGUAAGGAGAAAAAAAGUUGUAAAUCACGAAAGAAAUGAAUUCAAACCACUGCGCAACACGAACGCAUUAUUUGUACAUGCCAACUUGAUAAGCACUUUAAUUCGUGGAACGGAUCAGACAUACAUUUGAGAAAAAUAUUAUUAAUUUAUUUGAGCAUUGAAUUAUUAUUUGAAAGAUGUAGUCUCAUAACACUGCAACGGUGUGUGCAUACAAAUUGAAUAACGCGCUAACUAUGAAAAUUUGUUUGUACAUACCAUUGCAUUUAUGAGACUAUAUCUUUCG